AUGAGUAGUAAAAUUCAAGUGCCAGCCGUGAGAGAGUCAAUAAGGAUCGUUUUAAAAGAAUCUCAGGAAAAAGACCGAAAAUUUACUGAGACGAUGGAAUUACAAAUUGGUUUAAAAAAUUAUGAUCCUCAAAGAGACAAACGUUUUAGUGGAACUGUCAAACUUCCUAAUGUCCCUCGACCAAAGAUGUCCGUAGCUAUCCUCGGAGAUGCUCAUGACUGUGAUAGAGCUAAAGAGAUUGGGCUUGAAUCCAUGAGCGUUGAGGAUCUUAAGAAACUAAAUAAAAAUAAAAAACUUAUCAAGAAACUUGCCAAAAAGUAUGACGCAUUCUUGGCCAGUGAAUCUUUAAUUAAACAAAUUCCAAGAUUAUUGGGUCCCGGUUUGCACAAAGCCGGUAAAUUUCCUACUCCCGUUACCCAUAAUGAUGAUUUGAACGCUAAAGCGGAUGAAUUAAGAUCCACCAUCAAGUUUCAACUUAAAAAAGUUUUAUGUCUUGGUGUCGCGGUUGGGCAUGUUAAAAUGAGUGAAGAUGAAUUGGUUGCUAACAUAAUGUUGAGCAUCAACUUUUUGGUUUCCUUGUUAAAGAAAAACUGGCAGAACGUUAGAAGUUUAUAUAUCAAAUCCACCAUGGGCAAGCCUCAACGUUUAUAUUAA